CAUAUCAGCUCAAGAUCAUAAUUCAUAGCCCACUGGUGAUCUUCUUAUGUGAAUUCUACAAGCACCUUGUCUCUUCUCAGUACUUUCAUUGAAAUCAAAGUCAGAAUCAAGUGUCACUUCCAAAAAUUCUUUAGCCUUUUUGGUCCUUUGGCACCUAGAAAUGUUAGAAUUCAAAAACAUGAAGAAGAAAGUGUGGAUGUUUUCACACUGAUCUCCCCCUUUAACCCCUCAACCUUCUUCCCUUGCGUAAUGGAAGUUAUGACCAGCACCAUCAACAAACAAAGCAAAGUAGCAGGAUCACAAGGAGUCAACAUCCACAUCCAAAAGCUUUCAUUUUGGUUCGCACCCCCUACUCGUCCACCUGGUUUUCUUCUUCUGUUUCUUGUGUAGUUUCAUCUCGUUACAAGGUUUAGGACUAUGGUUUACUCCUUUUAUGAUAAAAGCUCUUCUUCUGGCUCUGAUGUUUCGGGGUUGUUUCAUCCCACUUUUCAUAACCUCGGAGCUUCCAAUGAUGUUUCACGAGGUGGGUUGUCAUCACAACAUUCUUUGGAUUUUGAGAGUGAGAAGGGUGAGAUGGUGAAGUGCCCUUCAAGUGAGAAGGUAGGAAAGAAUGAUGUUUCUGAGGCCAAAGCUUUAGCUGCUUUGAAGAGUCAUAGUGAAGCAGAGAGGAGGAGGAGGGAGAGAAUAAAUGGUCAUCUUGCAACACUACGUGGCCUUGUUCCCUCCACUGAAAAGAUGGAUAAAGCCACUUUACUGGCUGAAGUUAUUAGCCAAGUGAAUGAAUUGAAGAAAAAUGCAGUGGAAGCAAGCAAGGGUUUUCUAAUCCCAAUGGAUGCUGAUGAAGUGAAAGUUGAACCCUAUGAUGAAGGAGGAGACGGAUCCAUGUCUUACAGUGCAACCAUAUGCUGUGAUUUCAGACCUGAGAUACUAUCUGAUCUAAGACAAACACUUGAUGCCCUUCAACUACAUCUUGUGAGGGCAGAAAUUUCUACUUUGGCAGGUAGAAUGAAGAAUAUAUUUGUCUUUACAUGUUGCAAAAGGGACAAUAGUAAUAAUAUUGAGGCAUGCCAAGCUCUAGCAGGUAAUGUUCAACAGGCACUAUGCUCUGUACUGGAUAAAGCUUCUAGCUCACUGGAGUUCUCACUCAGAACAUCACAUCCAAGCAAGAGGAGAAGACUAUGCUUUAUUGAAACAUCCACUUCCUCAUGCAACCAUGAAUCUUGUUCGUGCUGACUGCAACCAUUUGUUGUGUGAUGUUAUGCUAUAUAUUUCUAUAUAUAACUGUUGGAAUUGUGUUAUUAGCACUUUUCAUUUUUUGAAGAAUGCUAGUACACACUUUUCUAGUACACUCUAGCUCAUUUUCUACUGUUGGAAUUGGAACACUAAAUAUAGAUCUCACUAGAUAAUAAAUGAGGUUUGUUAAGUAGGAUAUGUGGCACACAUUAUUUAGUGGGAGCCCAUUUUACCAUUAAUCGGAAGUGUGUUGAAAAAGAGUUUGUUAGAGAAUUAUUAUUAGCAUUUAUCAUUUUUGCGAAGCUGGAUUUGUCUUUUAUUCUGCAGGCAAAUCAUAAUGUUAUAGAAUUUCAAGAAGGGCUUAUGUUGAAGCUGUUGUUACUGAGUAUGUUUACGGAUCAAUUGGAGAUUU